AGCCUAACAACUAAUCACUGCAUUAAUUUCCCACCGCAAAAUUUUUAUAUUUCUUUCCCCACAAUUAGAGAGAUCAUCAUGGAAAAGGAUAUCAUUGAUCUUUCUCCAACAUGGGAUUGUGACAAUGGCAAUUCCACUGAGAAAAGGCUCAGGCUAUUUGGCUUUGAGCUAAACCCUUCAUCAAAAGAGGGUUGUGCCAAAGAAUCUGGUGAAGGAGAUGAAAGUGUGAACUCCUCUAACUCAGCUUCUUCUGGAGGAGACAAAACUGUGCAAGAGAAAACAUCAGCCAAAGACCCUGAUGAGAGAAAAUUUGAGUGCCAAUAUUGUUACAAGGAAUUUGCAAACUCCCAAGCCCUAGGGGGGCACCAAAAUGCUCACAAGAAAGAGAGAAUGAAGAAGAAGAGGUUGCAGCUUCAAUCCAUAAACCGUUACCUACAACACCCUUUCCAAAGCAACCAUGGCUUUGCUUACCCUUCUGAUACUCCUUGGUUCUAUGACCCCUCUACCUAUAAUAAUAACUCUGAGUUCACCCUUUGUGAAGAACCUCAGAUUAGCUUCAAUUCAAAUAGCGUUUUGGAUUCCAAUUUUUCUAAUGAUCAGAAAACUAGUUGGUAUUCUCUUGCAUCUCACCCUUCUAAUAUCCAACAAGAUACUUGCAUGUUUACUUUCUCAUCCAAUGCAAGUAAUAAUAAUAAUAGUCCUUUCAUAUUCAAGCCUUGCCAUUUCCCUGCUUCAAAUCAGAACCAUAAUAAAACCCUAGAUCUUCAACUAGGUCUCAACUUGGAGUCAAAUACAAGAAGUUCUCUAAGAAGGAUGUAAUUUAGUAUAUACAGGAUAUAUAGGUUAAAUUAACAGUUUCCAUGUUUCUCCUUGAAUUAUUUUAAUGUAUCAAUUCUUAAACAUUGGGAAAAGGGAAUGAGAAAAAGAGAAGAAAAAAAAUUCACAAUUCAUUAGUUAGUUGGCCUUGGUCACUGCAGAGCCAAGAAGAGUCUGACAAUGAUCACCAUUCAGAAUUUAGACAACAUGUACAAUUCAUAUGAUGUAUUAAUUUAUUAUAGCAUGUUGUAGCCAUUUGAUACUACAUAACUUUUUUCAGUACAUAUAAGGUGCUUAGAUAA